UCAUACCAUAGACUAAAUUAAUACUAUACCCAUUUUCUCAUUAUAGUCCCUGAACAAAUAUCUCUUUCAACCUUUAAAUCAAACACCGUGUGUGCUUCUUGGAUCUUGCUAUCCUUGCAAAGCCUUGAGAUGAAGAAAUUCCAGUGUUUCAUUUCCAAACUAAAACUAGUACAUGCAAUCCAAAUUCAACAUUCAUUCCAAAUUUGACAUUCAGUGAUAUUCAAAUUUGCUAUCCUUUCAAACCGAAUAAAACAUGCUUGAGAUUUGGUUGUUUUGCCUUUUUUGUUGGAUCAUGCUUUUUGGUAGAAUUCAAUGGUUGUGGUUACUCGUUGUUGCCGAGAAUUUCAAUCUUAUGAUGACUUCGAUUUUCCUAAUUUGAAAUUCUCUAUUUUCAAGCUUUUGAGUGGUAAUUAACAGUGCAUAAAUUAACAGUAACAAAAUGGAGGAUAAAUGGUGAGAGGGAAAAAAAGGGGGCUGAUAUGGAGGAGCCGCCAGUUGAGUACGGGGACAGAGUCACGGUGGUGGUAGCAGUGAUGCUGAACUGUGACCGACAGAAAAAGGAAAACAUUAUUCAGUGUUGAGGGUGCACCAAAAGAUCUCGUGGAAUCUCUCAAUCCAAUGACUAUUAAUUGUGUUCCAGCAUGAGGCACUUGUUUAGUGGUCCACCUUAGACACCACCCAUAAAACAUGAGGAAUUACUUUAACAUAAAUAGACAGAUCUGAAAAUAUUGUCCACUUUGCCACUGUCCCCUUCUCUCCUUAAAGACUUUUCGUGCCAUGGCAAUUUGUUCUUCACCCUCAUCUUCUUCUUCAUCAUCUUCUUCAUCCUCGUAUGAUUCUUCCAACAACUCGAAGUCAUUGAUCAUCCAUGGCAUUGUUGCUGGAGUCGCAGUUGCAGCUGCUGUCGGUGCUCGCACUUACCUGACUCGAUUCAACAAAUUCCGUAGCCGGGUCGUAGGCAUCAUACCCGCUCGAUUUGCUUCGUCACGGUUCUCUGGAAAGCCUCUCGUUCAAAUUCUUGGCAAGCCUAUGAUCCAGAGAACAUGGGAAAGAGCAAAGCUGGCAGCUUCAUUGGAUCAUGUCGUUGUGGCAACUGAUGAUGAAAAGAUUGCUGAUUGCUGUCGCCAAUUCGGUGCAGAUGUCAUAAUGACAUCAGUGUCUUGCCGAAAUGGUACUGAGCGCUGCAAUGAAGCACUACAGAAGCUCGGGAGAAAAUAUGAUAUUGUUGUAAACAUUCAGGGUGAUGAGCCACUUGUUGAACCUGAAAUAAUAGACGGUGUUGUCAAAGCUUUGCAGGCAGCUCCAGAUGCUGUGUUUAGCACUGCCGUUACGUCUUUAAAGCCUGAAGAUGCUCUUGAUCCAAACAGAGUGAAAUGUGUGGUUGAUAAUCGUGGUUAUGCCAUUUAUUUUUCACGAGGGUUAAUCCCAUUCAAUAAGUCAGGGAAGGUCAAUCAACAGUUCCCUUAUUUGCUUCAUCUUGGGAUUCAGAGCUACGAUACAAAGUUUCUAAAGAUAUACCCAGAUCUUCAACCUACUCCAUUGCAACUUGAGGAGGAUUUGGAGCAGCUUAAAGUCCUUGAGAAUGGCUAUAAGAUGAAGGUAAUAAAGGUCGAUCAUGAUGCCCAUGGUGUUGACACCCCUGAAGAUGUUGAAAAAAUAGAAGCUCUAAUGCGUCAGAGGAACUUGUCUUGAACGUGUAGUUAUAGCAGUGAAUCCAUCGAAAUUAUAAAUUAUUAAAACGAGAAGCAACCGACAAGGAAGGCUUGUAUUCUUUUUUAAGCAAUGCUAUAUAAUAUGAAAGAUGAUGAUGCACACGAGUGUAACAAUUUGAUCUAUAAUGUUACAUUUAUGGAUGGGCAUUAGGACUAGAAAUUCAUGUACACAUGUAUAUGGGAGAAAGAAAAAUUUAUUUACACAUAUAUUAUCUUAGAAAAAUAGCAGUUGCACUUGCAUGAUAUUUUGAUUCGUAGUGUUAGUUAAAAGCUUGUAAGAAAUUGAUUUCUAUUGUUUGUAGGGCUGUGGUAUUGCAUAUAAUUCAUGUAAGACUAAUAUUAAUAAUGUUGAAUUCUGAAUAAUUAUGUUGAA